UUAAGGGCAAACUGGAAAGAGCUGAGAGCCUUGGAAUUAAAGCAUCGAAGUAUCAUCUCCAGGGAAAGCCAAAGAUGGGUCCCAAAUGUGUUUGGCUGUUCCUACUGAUGAGCUGUGUAACUGGACCUGAAGUCCUGAGUGCUGUCUUGAGACCUAGCUGUCGUCCAGGAUGGUUUCUCUACAAGUCCCACUGCUAUGGAUACUUCCGGAAGCUGAGAAGCUGGUCUCAGGCUGAGCUGAAGUGUCAGUCAUACGGACAUGGAUCCCAUCUGGCAUCUGUCUUGAAUAAAAAGGAAGGCCAAGUCAUAGCAAGGUUCAUAUUUGGCUAUCAAAGAAACCUGCCUGUGUGGAUUGGCCUGCAUGACCCAAAGGAGAAUCAGCUAUGGCAAUGGAUUGAUGGGUCUACACAGCUGUACGAUGCCUGGAAUCCCACGACGAAGAGUGAAGCCAGGCACUGUGCUGAGCUGAACCCCAAGAAUAAAUUUUUAAAUUGGAACAAAAACAGAUGUGACGAGCGACAGCACUUCCUAUGCAAGUACAAGCCAUAGAGCAGGAAUCAAGCAUCUGCCAGCCUGGCGCAAGCUCCUUCUUCCUCCCUCUCACCUGGUGGCUGAUAUAAUCAUUAUCCCUGAGAGUAAACGCAGCAGCGAACACUGAUGAGGCUCCAGUGCACUGACUGUCAGGCUGAGAGGGCUUAGCAUGGUGGGAUACUGGCUUCUGGUCUCAGAGAUCUUAGCAUGGUGGGACAGUGACUUCCGGUCUCAGAGAUCUUAGCAUGGUGGGACAGUGGCUUCCGGUCCCAUAGAUUUUAUCAUGGUGGGACAAUGGCUUCCAAUUUUAGUGAUCUUAGCAUGGUGGGACAGUGGCUUCUGCUCUCAGUGUUCCUUUCUAAUAUUCCUCUUCCCUUGGGCUGUCUCAAACAAGUAGA